UACAAAUAUAUAUAUAUCAACAUCAACUCUAUUGACUAUUAUAUUUAGUCAAACUAAUAUUUUAAUAGAAAAAACAAACAAGCAAUGGUGCCUGAAGAGAGUGCUGAUAUUCAGGUCCUGGUCAGGGCAAUGUAUGACUAUGAAUCCGAGGAUAGCACCAACCUGAGUUUUAAAAAAGAUGAUGUGAUCCAGGUUUUAGCCCAACUUGAAUCUGGAUGGUGGGCAGGUCAUUGUGAUGGUCGACAAGGUUGGUUCCCUUCUAACUAUGUCCAAGUUUUGGGGGAAGAAGACCUUGAUAGCCAGGAGGAGGAUGUAGAAGACCAAGAUGACCUAGAUAGUGCUGAUGACCUUUGGUUACCCCAAACAACAGAUGAUGGGCAAGUCUUCUACUAUAACCAACGCACACAUGAAUCAAGUUGGACGAUUCCAGAGUCCGAAGAUCGUACCAGCAUCGCCACAGACCUGGAUGCUAUAGGUCAAGGACAAUGGUCGGUGCGCCAGUCAACAUCCAAUGGCAAUGACUGGUACAACUCUGAGGCUGAAGAAGAAGACCAGGAGGACGAGGAAGAACAUGAUCAAACUCAGGAAACUCGACCUGGAAUCUCUCGAGCCUCAAGUACACAAUCUGUCAACAAGGCUUCCGCUGGAGACGUUGGUUCCUCCACAGACCCUUCUCCUUCUCUGACUUCCGUGCGUAAACCCUCAGGUCUGACGCCUGCAGUGCCACAAGACUCGGUCGAGGGUCUACCACCAUUGCCAAUAUUACCUAACCCAUUCGAUCCUGAGCCAACUUGGCAAUCCCUCCAGGAGCAUACAAAUGCAGCCGUGGAUAACCUGUUACUAUCUGCAGAGAAGGGUUACAAGCCUUAUUAUCUUAUUCAAUCAUCGAUUGUUGUCGAAGCUAUCCGUGUCAUGCUCUAUGCUUCCGGCACAGUCGACAAGGACGCGGCAGUAAUGCGGCAGCAUCGCGCGCUCAAAAUGCAACACCGACAGAUUAUGGCUGCGCUCUCCAAGCUCGUUCUCUCGGCCAAGAUGGCCUCCGGUGUCUGGCCUGCAGCUGACGCUAUUAGCAAACUUCAAAAUGAUGCCAAGGAAGUCAAGGUUGCAGCUCAAAACUAUGUUACUACCGCUAUGGCUGUGGACAUUACAGUUCAUCAGGUGGAUGCCAGGCUGGUGACUGAUGUCAAGAGUCCACUCCGUGCCAAGGCUGCUGCAAAAACACUUGAUCGAGCUCUCUCAAAUGCGUCGCUCAGGGGCGAAAAUGGUGUUGGGGCUGUUAAUAAUGACCGUAAAGUGUUUGGUUCACAGAUGAGUAUUCAGAGCAUUUUGAGCCAGCUGGAUUAUUAUUCCAAGAGCACUUCUAAAGCCGUCAAUGUGCUGGUGAUGCAGAUUGAAAAGAUUAUCGAGAACCCUUCACCCGCACUUCGCAACAGCGGCCAGAAUGGUGUUUCGGCCUCUGCGCCUGUUAUGAACACUGCACAAUCUGCUCAAUUAGUCACACAGGCACGCCAGACCAUUUCACAGCUUGGCUCCUUGUUAACCCUCGUCACCGAUUUUUAUGCUAGCGUCCACCACGAGAACUCUACUAUCCCUGAAAAGUACUUUGCAGACGUUAGAACGGCCAAGCAGGCUCUCCAUGGCAACACGGCUUCAUUAGUGAUGGCUAUUCAGUCAGCCACGGAUCUGUUGGCCAUUGGUCAAACUUUGGAUUUGGCCCUCAAUACGGCCCUCACUACAGAGAAAACCUCGCAGACCUUGGUUGAUGCAGUCCGGACCUUAGUUCAGGAAAAAGAUGCGGCUGACCAUGCAGCCUUGAAGCCACAACACGAACCAUAUGGUCGCAAAGCACCCGUCACACCCGGCAUGGAGCGUACGACAGAGGAAAUUAUUUACAACAACCAUGAUAAUGACUCUGACAUUGAACCAGAUAUGACACCACGACCACCAACUUCUCAGAGUGGCUAUCAUGGUUCCGGUACCGGUACUCUUCCACGUAAUAGAUCUGAUUCUCAACCAUCUAUUUUCUCGAGUCACUCCAACCUCUCAAAUCAGCCACAGACACCCGGCAACGAGUAUGGAUCCCGAAAUCCUCAAGGAGGAUUCCCUUUUCCAACUUCGCCUACUGACUCGAUUUCAGGAGUUCCUAGUACCACCCACCCAGGUCGGUUUGAUACUCGAGAUAAGCUAAGGAAGCUUUUGGGAGAAGAUGUGCCUGGGCGAGUGUCUACUCAGUACUGGUUCUUGAAUUACGACUACCAGCCAGGAGAUCUGGUUUUAAAUGCAGAUGGGCAGGUGAAAGGAGGCACGCUCCCUGCACUGAUCGAACGACUGACAUUGCAUGAUGGAUUGGAUCCCAACUUUAUUGCAACGUUCCUACUCACAUACCGAUCAUUCACGACCACGAAAGAAUUGUUUGAGCAUCUGUUCCUUCGAUUCACGAUCCAAGCACCACUGGGACUGGAGCAAGAAGAGCUGGAGAUCUGGAAUGAGAAGAAGCUGACGCCGAUUCGACUACGUGUCUUCAACAUUAUCAAAUCGUGGUUAGAGACAUAUUAUCUGGAUGAUGAACCGGAUGAUAGGGAGGCUCUAGCGAUGAUCAAAGACUUUUCAGGCUCGACAGCAAUGAGAGAUACAAUGAGCUUUGCAGCAGUACAGCUGAUCAAGCUGGUUGAGAAACGCGAACAAUCUGAGGGAACGUUUAGGAAGAUGGUCUUGAACUUGACAACACAGGCUCCACAGCCGAUCGUACCCCGAAAUUUGAAGAAAAUUAAAUUUUUGGAAUUAGAUCCUUUGGAAUUUGCGCGUCAGUUAACAAUCAUGGAAGCAACAGUGUAUAACAAGAUUCGACCGGUUGAGUGUCUGGCUAAGGCUUGGAUGAGUGAGGACCCCGAUAUUGCUGCCAAGGCUGUAAACAUCAAGAAGAUGAUCGAAACCAGUAAUUUGUAUGCAAACUGGAUCAACGAAUUAGUCUUGAGCGAGAAGGAACUCAAGAAGCGCGUCCUUGUCAUCCGCCACCUUGUUAUGAUUGCUGAGAGACUACGCCAGUUGAACAACUUCAGUAUGCUGUCUGCUACGAUGGCAGCACUUUCGCAGUCACCAAUCCAUCGUUUAAGACGAACUUGGGAACAAGUUCCAGCCAGGACGAUGACUUCAUUUAUGGAUCUCCAAUCCUUGAUGGGUGUGGUCAAGAACUGGGCUGAGUACCGUGAAGAGCUUCACUCGGUCAAUCCACCAUGCGUACCUUUUGUGGGCAUGUAUUUGACAGAUUUGGUGAUGAUUCAGGAUGGAAAUGGGGAUUUCUUGAAGAAAUCCAAUCAUCUGAUUAAUUUCUACAAGCGUGUCAAGACUGCAGAGGUUAUUCGCGAGAUUCAACAGUACCAAUCUGUUCCUUAUUGUCUCACAGCCGUCCCUGAAAUCCAAGCCUUCAUCCGACGCGGUCUCGAUGGCACAAAGUCAGUCGCAGAUUUAUAUGACAUGAGUCUGGCCUUGGAACCUCGUGAACGUGGCGAUGAAAGAAUGGCAAGACUAUUAACAGAGUCGGGCAUGCUCUAGAGAGAAGAAGAGAAAGGAACAAAAAAAAAAAUCCGGCGACUCAACACUUUAUCACACCAUACGCCUACAGUCUACACAUCCGCAGUGCCUGGAUAUCCCUGGACCACUUCCUUUUUACUUUCUCUUUCUAUUUUUUAAUUUAUUUUAAUUUUCGUUGGCAGUUGGACAAUCAGAACAAUUGGACAUUUCCCAACAAGAAACAUCGACUUCUUUUUUCACGGCAGAUCAUCCAGAUCAUAUAACCUUUGUCAUAAUCUUGAGAGAACGAUGGCUGUCUACGAUUUUUCUUUC